UCCUCACUGUCACCUGACUCUUGUUUCUGUUCUGGAGAAAUGGCUGCUCACUUGUCUUACGGACGAGUCAAUUUAAACAUUUUAAGAGAAGCAGCACGAAAGGAUCUUCGUGAGUUUUUGGACAAAUGUGCAGGAAGCAAGGCUAUAGUAUGGGACGAAUAUCUCACUGGACCAUUUGGAUUAAUAGCACAAUAUUCAUUACUCAAAGAGCAUGAAGUGGAUAAGAUGUUCACCCUAAAGCGUGGGCGCUUGCCCUCAGCUGAUGUUAAAAACAUCAUAUUUUUUGUUCGACCCAGACUAGAGCUCAUGGAGAUUAUUGCUGACAACAUAUUCAGUGAGGAUAAAUUGCACUCCUCCCGAGACUUCCACAUUCUGUUUGUACCUCGGCGUAGCAUGCUGUGUGAGCAAAGAUUGAAGGAGUUGGGGGUAUUAGGCUCUUUCAUUAACAUUGAUGAGUACAUACUAGACCUAAUACCUUAUGAUGGGGAUCUUCUUUCUAUGGAAUAUGAAAGUGCCUUCAGGGAGUGCUACCUGGAGAAUGAUCAGACAAGUCUUUAUCACACAGCCAAAGGCCUUAUGACACUCCAGGCCCUAUAUGGAACUAUACCACAGAUUUAUGGUAAAGGGGAAUGUGCACGGCAUGUGGCCAACAUGAUGCUGCGAAUGAAAAGGGAGUUUGCUGGGAGUCAAAAUCAAAUCUUGCCAGUGUUUGAUACACUUCUUCUUUUGGACCGUAAUGUUGACCUGCUAACCCCUCUAGCUACCCAACUGACUUAUGAGGGGCUAAUUGAUGAAAUCUAUGGCAUUAAUAAUGGUUAUGUGAAACUGCCUCCAGAAAAGUUUGCACAGAAAAAGCAAGGUGAAGCAAGUAAAGAUUUACCAACAGAGCAUAAGAAACUGCAACUAAACUCAGCAGAGGAGUUGUAUGCCGAAAUCAGAGACAAAAAUUUUAAUGCUGUUGGAUCUGCUCUCAGCAAGAAGGCCAAAAUAAUUUCGGCUGCUUUUGAGGAACGCCACAAUGCUAAAACUGUGGGAGAAAUAAAGCAGUUUGUAUCGCAGCUGCCACAUAUGCAGGCAGCACGAAUCUCCCUAGCAAAUCAUACAUCAAUAGCAGAGCUGAUUAAAGAUAUAACAACAUCUGAGGCCUUUUUUGACAAAUUGACAGUGGAACAGGAGUUUAUGACUGGGGUUGACACUGACAAGCUUAACACGUAUAUAGAAGACCGGAUUGCUCAAAAGGACCCCCUGAUUAAGAUACUGCGUCUGAUGUGUAUGCAGUCAGUAUGUAACAAUGGCCUCAAACAAAAAGUGUUGGAUUUCUACAAAAGGGAGAUUCUGCAGACCUAUGGUUAUGAACAUAUACUAACAUUAAACAACCUUGAGAAAGCUGGACUCCUAAAGCCACAAACCAGCUCUAGAAACAACUACCCCACUAUCAGAAAAACCCUAAAACUGUGGAUGGAGGAUGCUAAUGAACAGAACCCCAAUGAUAUAUCCUACGUAUAUAGUGGAUAUGCCCCACUAAGCAUCCGACUAACUCAGGUGCUGGCAAGGCCUGGAUGGCGAAGUAUUGAAGAAGUGCUAAAGAUGCUUCCUGGUCCACAUUUUGAGGAGAGGCAACAACUGCCUGCUGGGCUUCACAAAAAACGUCAGCAAGGGGAAAACCGUACAACUCUGGUCUUCUUCCUUGGUGGAGUAACAUAUGCGGAAAUAGCGGCCCUUCGUUUCCUCUCUCAAAUGGAGGACAGUGGCAUGGAGUAUGUUAUAGCCACUACCAAACUUAUCAAUGGCACAACCUGGAUUAAAUCGCUCAUGGACAAGCCUGAAUCUCAGACCUUCUAAGUUAUUUCGCCAAACUUCACUGGACAAUUAAGUGAAACACCCAUUUCAUGUCAAUAGCAGUUGAGUUGUUAGUUUUUUGCACUUAUAUCACAAAUGACAGUUUACUUCCAUUUAAGCAGUUAUUACAAAUUACAAUCUUGUUACAUUUUUGGUUCUCGCUGUAUAUAAAAUGUGCUUUGGCAAUCAUUCGUAAGAUGUCUGACUCUGUAGUCUCUAUUACUUUUAUUGUUGAACAUUUUCUUGACCAUAACAAAUUAUUAAUAAAUCAGUAACUAACUUCAUUGCAUG